UCAAUCACUGAGACCAAAGAAACUGGACUCCAGACUCCAGAGAGAGAGAGAGUAGUAUUACUGUUUACGUCUUUUCUUUUUCUCUAAUCUCUGUUUUCAUGGCUUCUCGUUUCUUUUUGAUUAUUCUACCAGUGAAACGUUUCUACUGCCAGUGCCAGUGAGGCAGCACGACCCCUUCCCGUUUCCAGCUUUUCGCUUUUUUUCGACCUCGUGACACCUAUCACUCUACUAUUGCUUUCUCUCUCUCUCUCUGUUUCUCUGUCUCUCGCCUCUUUUCUCUUUCUCCGUUCCAGGCUUCCAGUAAAGCAGCUUCUCUCUCCUUCACAUGGCUCGUCGCCGGGAUGCCGCUCUGCAUCGAACCCAGAACCGCCGUCACGAGCCGCCCCUGCAAGUCAUCUAAUACAAACAAAAUCCUGUGCAUCUCUCGCCGGAGACGCCUCCAAUGGCAUUGUUAUCGGAUUCUUGUUUCUUUGUCUUUUUCAUCUCGUUACUGCUCUUGGGUCGUCGAGUCCAUCCCGAGCCGACACAGGACAAGCAAGCGCUCUUAGAUUUCAUCUCCCUAACCCCUCACGCGAAUCGCCCUCAAUGGAAUUCCUCCGCCUCCGCCUGCUCUUGGGUCGGAGUUGAAUGCGACGCCAACCAGUCGCAUGUCGUCGUCCUCCGUCUCCCCGGUGUCGGUCUUGUGGGUCCGGUCCCGCCCAACACCCUCGGCCGUCUCUCCCAACUACGCGUUCUUAGUCUCCGGUCCAACCGUCUCUCAGGUGAGAUCCCUGCUGAUUUCUCUCAGCUGAAGCUUUUGCACAAUCUGUAUCUCCAGCACAAUCUCUUCUCCGGUGAGUUCCCUUCAAGUUUGACUCAGCUGACUCGGCUGACACGUUUGGACCUCUCCUUCAAUAACUUCACCGGGAAGAUACCGUUUUCUAUCAACAAUCUUACGCGUUUGACCGGACUGUUCCUCGAGAACAACAACUUCUCCGGCAGUCUCCCCAGCAUUAAUCCCGCCGGUUUAGUCAACUUCAAUGUGUCUAAUAACAAUCUCAAUGGUUCCAUCCCCGAUACCCUAGCGAAAUUCCAGCCGGAUUCGUUCUCCGGCAAUCCAAACCUAUGUGGCGGACCGUUGAGCCCCUGCAACCCAUUCUUCGUCUCCCCGGCUCCGUCGCCGACAUCAAACGUCUCAGUAGUAGGAAAGCGGUCUAAGAAGCUCUCUACAGGGGCAAUUGUCGCGAUUGCUGUUGGGGCGGGCAUAAUUCUCCUUCUUUUGCUUCUGCUUCUUUUACUCUGUUUGCGGAAGCGGCAGCGGAAAGAAAACACCGCGAAGCCUCCAAAGGCGGCACCUCGAUCGGUGGUUACAGAAGCGGGCACUUCGUCAUCGAAGGACGACGUCGCUGGUGGGCCAGCGGAAGCCGAGAGGAACAAGUUGGUGUUUUUCGAGGGUGGGACUUACAAUUUCGACUUGGAGGAUCUGUUGAGAGCUUCGGCCGAGGUUUUGGGGAAAGGUAGCUUCGGUACUUCGUACAAGGCGAUACUGGAAGAAGGGACGACAGUGGUGGUGAAGAGACUGAAAGAUGUAGCAGUGGCGAAGAAGGAAUUCGAGAUGCAGAUGGAGGUAUUGGGGAAGAUUAAGCACGAAAAAGUGGUUCCUCUCAGGGCUUUCUACUACUCCAAGGAUGAGAAGCUACUCGUCUACGAUUUCAUGCCCUCUGGAAGCUUAUCUGCUCUUCUACACGGGAGCAGAGGUUCGGGCCGUACGCCAUUGGACUGGGACAACCGGAUAAAAAUAGCUUUAAGUGCCGGGAGAGGCCUAGCCCACCUACACGUGUCGGAGAAGAUCGUGCAUGGCAACAUCAAGGCGUCCAACAUUCUUCUCCGGUCCGACCUGGAAGCAUGUCUCGCCGAUUUCGGACUGAACCCUUUGUUCGGCUCAGCCGUGCCUCCGAACCGGGUGGCGGGCUACCGUGCGCCGGAAGUGGUAGAAACCAGGAGGGUGACGUUUAAGUCGGACGUGUACAGCUUCGGCGUGCUGUUGCUGGAGCUGCUGACGGGCAAAGCGCCAAAUCUGGCGUCGUUGGGAGAGGAAGGGAUUGAUUUGCCGAGGUGGGUCCAGUCGGUGGUGAGGGAAGAAUGGACGGCUGAGGUGUUCGAUGUGGAGCUGAUGAGAUACCAUAACAUCGAGGAAGAGAUGGUGCAGCUUCUCCAGAUAGCUAUGGCGUGUGUGUCGAUAGUACCGGCUGAGAGGCCUCCCAUCGAGCAAGUGGUGCGGAUGAUAGAGGAUAUGAAUCGGACGGAGACUGAUGAUGGCCUGCGACAGUCGUCUGAUGACCCCUCGAAAGGAUCAGACGGUCACACGCCUCCCCGGGAGUCACGGACGACGCCUCCAGCCACACCUUAGAAGUUGAAAAAAAAACAUGGUAAAAAAAUGAAAUUGGGUUUUAAUUGUUUCUAAUUUGUGGGUAAGUUGAGAUUAUUUUUUUUUACUUUUUAUUUAUUUGUUUUUUUUUUCAAUUUGUGAUUUUUAUAGAGUUUGAAUUGUUUGGGGGGAGUGGGGCGUUCCAUUUGAUGGGUUCAGUUUGUUUUAUAUUAAAGAUUUUUUUUUUGUUGAGUCUUUGGUCUUUAAUUCCUUUUAACAGUCGAGUGCAUGCCACGUGGCGAAGUUGGUAACUACGAAGUUGAUAAGCUGGCAAAUUUAUAUGUUAUAAUUUGAGAGAAGGAGAUUUUUGAG